AUGGAUUGCGUGAACGCCGUGGGCGUCGAUCUCAACACGGCGUCGCCGGCAAUCCUGGAGCAUGUGUCCGGGCUGACGGCGUCCCUGGCGCAGAGCAUCAUCCGGCAUCGAAGCGACAUCGGCCGCUUCAAGUCCCGAGCGGACUUGCUGUCAGUACGAGGAGUGGGGCCCCGAACCUACGAGCAGGCGGCCGGGUUUCUGCGCGUCUUCUCGGGCUCGGAGCCUUUGGAUGAGCUGCCGAUCCACCCCGAGAGCUACCCUGCAGCAGCGGCACUUCAGCUUCGCUGCGGCGGCGUGGAGAGUGAGGGGUACACCAGAAGCCUCCGUGAACUUUCGGGCGAUGCCGAUGUUGGCGCUGAGCUUGGCCUGGGGCGAGAGACCUUGGCUGACUUGUGCAAUGCCCUGGCCGCCAGCUCCCAGUCAUCUUUGGAUCCGAGGCGUGAGGAGCCGGCCAUGCGAAUCAAGGUGCCCGGACGACCUGCUGAGAUCAAGGAGGGGGCUGCCCUGGACGCGCAGGAGGCUGGUUACACAGUUGACCAGCUACGAGCUGGAAUGCGCCUGCAGGGAGUAGUUCGAAACGUUGUGGCUUUCGGGGCUUUCGUGGAUGUGGGUGUGGGCCACGAUGGGCUGCUGCAUAUAUCAAAGUUUCCCUUGGGGGAAGCUGCGGCCAAAAUCGCCGUGAACAGCCCCGUGGAGGUCACGGUGUUGAACGCUGAGUGUCGACAAGAUCAAGGAGGUGCGGGAAAGGCAAAGUGGCGGAUCGGCCUGUCAAUGAGAUGA